AUGACCACUGCCGGUAGCUUUCAAAGAGUAAUCGAACUCUUUUGGGAUAAAGAACUGGAGAAUAUUUACCCAGAGGUACCCAUAACAGUGCUUGGUAAGACUUAUUCAAGAGAAAUCAAAGAGUCUGUAAUAUUAUCAGAAUCAACUGGGGAAGACGGAAGUGAUAUAGACAAAACGAUCAGAAAGGAUGAUAAUGAUAUAAGGGCCAAUGAAAGCAGACUUUCAGGUCUUAAAGAUAUAUGGCAAACAUUGAGAUUCCAUACAGCUGAAGAUAACGAAAAAGACGAUUUGAACAAAUGGCCACAGGAAUUCAUUGAUGAUGUUUAUACAAGAAUAUGGCUAACUUAUCGUACUAAAUUUUCACCAAUAGAUCGUGAUCCUGAAGGACCUUCUCCUUUAUCAUUGAACUUCUUUCUCAGAGGUCAAAAUUAUGAUUUAGAUAAUGAACAUUUCACUACAGAUUGUGGUUGGGGUUGUAUGAUAAGAACUUCACAGUCACUAUUAGCAAAUGCAUUAUUAAACCUACAUAUUGGAAGGGACUGGCGCUACACAGGAGAAUUGAAUGAAAUGCACAAUGAGAUUGUAUCCUGGUUCAUUGAUUGUCCUUCACAUCCCUUUUCUAUUCACAAAAUUGUUGAUAAAGGUAAAUUACUUUCAAACAAAAAACCUGGUGAAUGGUUUGGUCCAUCUGCAGCUGCAAGAAGUAUACAAUCGCUGUGUAAUGAAUUUGAUAGUGGUGUUAAAGUUUACAUUGGGUCUGAUAGUGGUGAUAUAUAUGAAAAUGAUGUGUUCAAAGUUGCCAAAGACGAAAAUGGUGUUUUUAAACCGAUUUUGAUACUUUUGGGGUUAAGACUCGGUAUAGAUAAUAUUAAUCCAGUAUAUUGGGAUAGUUUAAAGGCAAUUUUGAAUUCGAAAGAAAGUAUUGGAAUAGCUGGCGGGAGACCAUCAACAUCACAUUAUUUUUUUGGAUUUCAAGGUGAUCAUUUAUUUUAUUUGGAUCCACAUUUACCUCAACCUGCUUUGCUCCAUGAUGAUCAAUUAGACACCUCAGUCAGUGAGAGUACGGAAAUAGUUUCAUCAUUAGAUGUCAAUUCAGUCCAUACUAAAAAGCUUAGAAAAAUUCAUUUAUCUGAAGUUGAUCCAUCAAUGCUACUGGGAUUUUUAAUCAAAGACGAAAAUGAAUGGAUCCAGUGGAAAGAAAAGGUACAAAAUUCACCUACUAAGACCAGCGUCAUCCAUAUUUCACCAGAUCAUACACCUCGUGAUUUUUCAAAUAGAAAGCCAUCUUUUGUUGUUUAUGAUGAAGAUGGUGAUGAUUUCGUUGAUGUUGGGUUAGAAUUUGAUGAGCUGCCUGAAGACGAAACUGGUGAAUCUAAUGAUGUUACUACUAAAACAAAAGGUGAAGAGUUCGAACAAGUAACCAGAAAUGAUGCAUCAGCAGCGAUUCCAAAUGAUAGAGAUCCAGAAGAUUCUGUCGUUUUUAUAGCUCAAGGGCAAGGCGAAUCAUCAGCAAAAGAGAUUUUACAAGAGGAAUCACCAGAAGUUAUCGAAUCAUCAGGUCCGUCAUAUAACUAUACAGGAACAGGAUCUAUCAAGGAUGAUUAUGAAAAUAUAGGAACUGGAUUUACUUUAAAUGAAAAUCCAGGUGGCCAAAAUGAAGACUUUAACAAUAGACCAUAUGAAGAACCUCUCAUGAUUGAAAGCCCAGAAAUGAGAUCUUUGGCCUCAAACUUAUCAGAGUCAAAGUUGGAAGAUAAGUCUCAUGAUCAAGGUUUAUGA